ACAACACCAUCCCAUACAACGACAACGAGACCAGCACAAUAUGAAAAGACAUGUGCUCACGCAGCAACGUACUUUGAAGACUUCUGUUACUCAUUUAUAGGAAAGAAACAGAACAACAGACGUGCGGUGGCUCAAUGUCGAGGGGAUGACUUGGGUUAUCUCGCUGAAGUAAAAAACGAACAAACUCAAUCAUUUAUGAAAUCAUUUCUUCAAAAUAGAGCUUCUGCAUGCGUGUGGAUAGGCGGUAAACGGAAACUUAAUAAGUGGAAAUGGUCCCACUCUGGAGCACGGAUCACCUACAGCAGCUGGUAUCCUAACGAACCAGAUGGUCGUGGUGGAAUCUUUGCUACUGAAAACUGUAUUGAAGCAACUCCAACCGGAAGCUUUGACUGGAAUGACCUGUCUUGCUUGGCGAAAUGUCACUCCAUAUGCCAGACAAGAUGGAAUGGUAAACAGCAGAAGAUAUACGACUUACCUGACUGCGGGGCCCAUGGAGGAAAGGGAUACGGACAAUCCUGCUAUGUUUACAGAUCCGACAAACUCAAGUGGAAUGAGGCAAAGGAGAGCUGUAUUCAGUUGAAUAUGCAUCUUGUAGAGAUAUCGGAAGAAGACGAAAACAGCUUUGUCCGAUACUAUAUCAUGUCUCUCAAAAGUCACCGUACUCUGGGAAAACCCUGGAACGAUGCACAUAAAAUCAACCACUAG